AUGUUCUCGAUGCCUCAAGGCGAAACUGUGCAAGAAGGAUCAAGUAAUAGUAUUCCUAUAAUCCUUCCCACCGAUAUCACUGUAUUCGACUUCAAGAAUUUUCUCAAGGCCAAGCGUGCUCAGCUCGUCGGCGAGUCUGCUUCUCUCACAGGAGAAGAGUGGCUGUCCGUACUCAAACUGUCUGAUUUGUGGGAGCUUCCAGGCUUGCGGACAAAGGCGAUCAAUGCAGUUGAGAGUCAUAUUCAUAACCUGAGCACAGUGGAUAUGAUUUUAUUGGCCAAAAAGUACUGUGUUUCGAAAUGGUUGAUGCGGGGCUAUGUAGCGCUAGCAAAGCGCACAGACGUUAUCACGCCCGACGAGAGUGUGCGUCUGGGGGUCUACACAUCCUGUCGGCUGGCAGAGGUGCGAGACAAGAGCUGGAAGUAUGUCUGCCACUAUGGGAGGCUGAGCAACUCGUAUUAUGCGCGAGACUAUCGAGGGUGUUUUGAUUUUGUAGAAGAAGUGCGCAGGGUUUUUAGGGACGAGUUGAUGGAGGACGAAGAGUACCGCGCUGUUCAUCUGAAGCAAAGACAUUCUAGCACGUCUUGUCAUCGAUUAUCGCAGUGCUAG